CUGGACAUACCCUGCUUAGCGGGAGACAACAGCAGAUAUGCCAAUCUACCUAAUUUCCAAAGUUGGUGACCCCUUUUUCGCCUUCACAAUAGGAGUUUCUGCUGCCUUCCUCAGAAUCUGUCGGGACCAGCGCGAGAAAUUCCCUGAAAAGGCCCAGGAAAUCGGAUACGGCGAGGUUUUGCAGAUGGGAGGAAGAAGGCUACGCAGAUGGUGGAUGGGAGAUUUUGAGGGACUAUGACCGAUGAAUAGAUGGCGAUAUUUACGGAGUCCUAUUGGAAGAAGUUGUAAGACUCCACGCGCGAAAGAAUAAAUGAGUAUAUAAUAUACCAUUUCUCUUGUCGUCAUUAGUACCUCCUGGAAUCCUUAUAGUAUCGUUAAAAGAUGAUUAUGCUCAAGGUCUUCGAAAAAAGCAAGUUUGCAUUACUGCAUUCUACGAUACAUGAACCAAUUUUUAUGAAGAAUUGAACGUUCGUAAGGAAACUUUUCCCUCCCAAGUUCUGCAAAUCAUCAUGCGUCGAAAUGAAACUCAGAUCUAUGCAGCCAUGCACAAAAAGAAAAUCCCAUAAAUUCGUUAAAAAGGAAACAAGCACAGAGUAUUAAGGAA